AUUUCAAUACUUCCCUUCUAAAACUUCCCUUCACUAUUUCUUUCUUCUUCACUCAUAUUUCCCAUUUUUAAGAACAAUAAGAACAACCCAAGAAGAAGAACAACAACAACAACAUCAACAACAAGAUUCUCUUUACUCUCAAUUUACAAACUUUCUGUUUCUUGAUCCUCUCUCUUUCUCUUUUAAUGGAUUCACUUGAUACUCCACCUCCCCCACUUUCUGCACCCUCCAACAUGGCCGUCGGAGGACAACCCGCGUAUUCACCCGCCAACAACAAUGCCUCCUCCACCAUUGCUCUCAAUCAACCUUCAGCUCAAAUGAUCCCCCCUUCAUCCCGAUUUCCCUUUAACCACCCCGUGAUCCCACCUUCAUCCGUACCUUUGGAUUCUCUCAACGUUUCUCCUUACGACGGAUCGCAUUCCGCUAAUUUCAACGUUGAUUCCGGUAAGAAAAGGAGAGGCCGCCCCAGGAAGUACGCUCCUGAUGCUAACAACAUUGCCUUGGGUUUGGCUCCUACACCCACUGUUGCCUCUUCUCUUCCUCACGGAGAUUUGACCGCCACUCCUGAUUCGGAACAACCCGCCAGGAAAACCAGAGGAAGGCCACCGGGGUCCGGAAAGAAGCAAUCCAAUUCCAUUGGUUCAGGUGGAACUGGUUUUACUCCUCAUGUCUUAUUGGCGAAGCCUGGAGAGGAUGUAGCAGCCAAAAUUUUGUCCUUCUCACAGCAAGGACCACGAACGGUCUUCAUUCUCUCUGCAAAUGGUACUCUCAGUAAUGCUACCCUUCGACACUCAGCAUCGUCUGGUGGUUCUGUGUCAUAUGAGGGGCACUAUGAUAUUAUCUCUCUGUCAGGCUCGUUUUUGCUGUCAGAGAAUAAUGGAACUCGAAGCAGAACAGGUGGUUUGAGUGUGCUACUGGCUGGAUCAAAUGGACAGGUUCUUGGCGGUGGAGUUGCGGGAAUGUUAAUGGCAAGUUCUCAAGUACAGGUGAUUGUGGGAAGUUUUCUAGAGGAUGAUAAAAAGUCCAACACAAGUAUGCUGAACUCUGGAUCUUCAUCUGCACCAUCACAAAUGAUAAACUUUGGUGGUGGUGGUGGUGGUGGGCUAGCAGCAGCAGCAGCUAGCCCUCCGUCGUUAGGGGGAUCGAGCGGGGAGUCGUCUGGUGAAAAUGGAGAUAGCCCUCUUAAUAAUAGGCAUCCUGGAAUGUUCAAUAAUUCUAGCCAGCCAAUCCACAAUCUUCAAAUGUACCAAUUAUGGGCAGGCCAAACACAGCAGUGAGGAAUUAUUUCGCAAUUUGCAACUAACAUUGAAGUGCAUUAGGAUGAUGAUGAUGAUGAUGUUGAUGAAGUCUGCACACAUUCAACCAUCAGUUUUUGUGAAUCUAACUUUUGCAGAUGUUUUUUCUUUUAGGUUAUAAUUAAGAUCAUUUUCUUCUUGCAAUUUGCCACUUCUCUUUUUCUGUUGCACCAAAUAUUAUAUAUUCGAAUCUUUCGCAAGAUGCAAAGUCAACAAGUUGUUAACAUGUAUAUCUUACUCUCAUAUCUUUGCUUUAGCUGGCUCUUCUUUUU